UGGCAUAAGAAUACUAUACACUUUCAGUCCACAGAAGAGUUUGUUGAACCCUCGCAGGCCGGAGAAUAUCAAGGCGGAUCACCAGAGUGAAAGGGGCUCCUCCGUCUCAAGUCCCUUGUUUCAAUCAGUUAAAGAACAUUCAAGGUUAGAAGUGUUUAAAGAAUUCAUUUUUCACAAGUUGAGGUUUUUGUUUCACUAUGCACUCUUGUUUCAAUCUUAGUCAUAGAUUCAAGUGUUUUUUCAAACAUUUUCCGACUAUCUUUAGGUGCAUUUUGGGAUGUGUAGCUUCUAUUUCUACAGUUUAAGUCAUCCCUUUAUGGAGAGUUGGUCUCGAAAAUGGUGAGAAGCUGCUGUUAUAUUUCAGAGCUAAGUUGCUCGGUCUUGAAAAAUGUGACCGUGUCGGAUCCUUUAAAAGCACACUACUUCUGAAGGAUUCGACACACACCCGAUGACAUUUUUGAAGAGUCUGAGCAAUAUAGUUUCAGAGUCAAGAAGUCAAUUGCUAGAAAGCUAAUGUGAACAUUUUCUUAAGUCUUGACUUUUCUUGUACAUUUGUGUUGCACAUGUUUGAUUUUAACAAACUUUAUUAAUAAACUAAAGACUAGUAAUGGAGAAAGUAUUUAGGUCUUAUAAAUAUAGACUUCUAGAGUCAAAAUUCACAAAACUUCAGCUAGCUUUGUUCUUCUUGAGGUGGGAUUCACGAUAUGGCUUUGGCUUCUUCUAUUGUUUUCUUUCUUGUAUCACUUCUUCUGAUCUUAGUUCAGACAAAGGGCAGAAAUGAUUCAACUUGUCCGAAGUCGUUUUCAUGUGGAAAUCUUACUGAUCUGAGCUUUCCUUUCUCUCUUUCCACACAACCUGAGUGCGGAAUACUCCCCGUGUCCGGUUGUGAUGCUAAACCAUAUCCAAGAAUCCAACUGCUUCCUGGAGGAGAUUGGUACUAUGCUCUACGCAAGGAGUAUGGUUAUGUCGUUGAGCUCGAGGAUCCCAAGCUUCGAACCAUGUUGAGGCAACACAACUGCCAGGUUUUUGACAAAAAUUUCUCCCUUCCUGAUUCUCCUUCUAUUUCUUUCAAAAUCCUUCCAAUGCACAUGGCCAACUUCUUCAAAUGCGCUAUCACCAGCAAUGAUAACUUUUAUGCUUAUAGACAGUACGAUGACUGUGAGGGAUUCACCAUAUACAAGAUCGACAGAGAUGAUGAUGAAGACAUUAUGGCAGGCAAACUUACUGAUUAUUGUUCACUUAUCAAAUUGCCAGUUGACUGGAGAUCAAUCGACGAUGAAGAUCUGUUCAAAUUUUUAAGUCCUGAAUUUCUAAAAGAAUGGAAACUGUCCAAUGAAUGUAAUGAAUGUCACUACGGUGGAGGUCAAUGCCAGACUGAUAAGAACUACAAUUUUCAUUGUUACAAAGACGCAAAAGUGACUAGAAGCAAGUUGGGAUUGACUCUUGGAGCAGUUUGUGGCGGAGUAUUAGUGGUGAUAACUUGUUUGGCUAUCUGCUUUAUCUGGUUUUAUAAGAAGAGGAAUUUUAGUCCAUCCCACUUCCUCUCAACAAAGAAAUUCGUGGACAUUUUUAAACAUGAUGUCGAGGGAGGCAGCAUAUACUUUGGUGUCCCAGUCUUCUCUUAUACAGAACUUGAAGAAGCCACGAAUGAUUUCAGUUCCUCUAGAGUACUCGGAGAUGGGGGUUUUGGAACUGUUUACUAUGGAAAACUUAAGGAUGGAAGAGAGGUUGCUGUAAAGCGCCUCUGCGAGCACAACUGCAAGCGAAUGGAGCAGUUUGUAAAUGAAAUAGAGAUCCUUACCAGACUAAGGCACAUUAAUCUUGUCACCCUCUAUGGCUGCACUUCAUGGCGCAGCCGCGAACUACUCCUUGUCUACGAAUACAUUCCUAAUGGAACUCUUGCUGAUCACCUCCAUGGUGACGGAGCGAAGGAUCGAUCACUCACAUGGCCAGUCCGCAUGGACAUUGCCAUAGAAACCGCUGGUGCAUUGGCUUACCUUCAUGCGUCUGACGUAAUACAUUGUGAUGUCAAGACUAACAACAUAGUCCUUGAUCACAACUUUAGUGUUAAAGUUGCAGAUUUUGGGAUUUCAAGGCUCUUCCCUAAUGAUGUCUCUCAUAUUUCAACUGCACCCCGGGGCACCCCUGGCUAUAUCGAUCCAAAGUAUCACGAGUGUUACCAGCUGACUAAUAAAAGUGACGUCUACAGCUUCGGGGUGGUCCUUGUUGAGCUCAUUUCAUCAAUGCCAGCUGUGGAUAUGCAUAGGCAUAGCCAAGAGAUUAAUUUGGCUAACUUUGCAAUAAACAAGAUUGUAAAAUGUGCAUUUCACAAGUUGAUCGAUCCAACCCUGGAGUUCGAGUCAGAUGCCAAGAUUUGGGAAAUGACUACUUCAGUGGCAGAGCUGGCUUUUUUCUGCCUGCAGACAGACAGGGAUCUAAGGCCUACUAUGGUUGAAGUUUUGGAUAUUCUGAAGGAGAUUCAGACUAGUGAAUUUGGCUACGAUAAUAGAACUGAGUCUAAUCUCAAUGCCGAUGAAGCUAAAAUAAUAACAGCUUUUCCAAAUUCUGCGACUGAUAAAUAAUCAAAAUUUCUACACUCUCGUCUUUGUUAUUGGUGUAAAUUUUGAGAGUACGAAUGCAUGACUAUCUGGCGUUUCCUGAGAUAUGUAUCUAUUACUGGAAGUCAUUCAAUUUUUAGUUUCAGUAUAUAAGAGUUUUAAGUUAUAUACCUUGGCAGCGUAAAGAAUUUUACUCUAUUUGUAUAAAGCUGCAGUAUCAACUUUGGUACUACCGGACAGUCUAUUUUCUCUAAUAAUAUUUACAUCCAUCGA